AUGUCUUGGUACCUGUCAAGACCACUCAAUGGCACCAGUUCUCGUCCAAGUCUUCCAGCUGGACUAUCAACUACAACAGAAUUAGGACAGUUGGUCGAAACAAUAAGAAGAAGAUUACCCGUGGAGUUACAAGGGCUCGUCUACAGAAACGUCUCGGGCCUUUUCCGUUUCCUUGCCGGAACCUCUCUUACAUUGAAUGAACUGGAUGAAAAGGCCGGGCUCAAUAGUGGAAUUGUUAACCACCCAGUCUCGCAUCAUUCGGUGAAUUCCCUUCGCGCUAACUCUACAAUUAUCCUUGGUGAAGAAUGCUUGACGAAUAUCGGGUCGGAUAACGCUUCAAAUUUCGAACAAGAGAUUGCUCUACAGGAUAAGCCUGUAUACGGUAUACAAGUGUCCCUCGGAACUUACGGAGUCGUUGCCCUUCGUGUCAUCUAUCAGGACAAUUCAACUUCAUCCUGGCUGGGCUUUGGACCUAGGAAAUGGACCGCUACGUAUAAGGGCGAUGAUCUCACUAGACUUCACACAGUAUCUGAUGGGUUCAAACUAAUAAGCGUUGGGUUUACUGAUGAGGAACUUUUGCAACCGCCCACUAACUUGGCUCACUUGUUUUUCGACCACGACAGGGCCUUACCUUCUAGGGGCAAGUAUUUGCUUGCAGAUAUGAAGAUUCCAGGUGCUCAGAUCCUCGGUAAUCCCAACGCACGUCUAGCACAAUACCUUGAUUUAUCCCAUAUUGAGAUCCAAAGUUUAACGGUAGUUUGCAACAUUGAAGCCAUUUACAAAAUCCAAAUCAAUGAGGGUGGUCCCAAAUUGGAGUUAGGCGAUCGUGUAGCAAUUAAACCAUCGGCUAAGGACGAAGAGAACUUCCCAGUCACCCGGUUCUUUCAGCCGGGAGAACGAAUGACGUCGAUUCAUCUGAUAACUAGGGGACCUGAGCGACCAAUGGUCCGGAAAGGCCCUUUCCUUCUUGUUCGGACUUCGAAAUCAAGGACUCUGUAUUUCGGCACAUUUAUACUCCCCUUUUUACAGCCUCUGCACAUCUCAUCAUUUGAAUCCGAGGGGACUCGGGAAAUCUUGGGGCUCUUCAUCGACCCAACCAACAUCAACCCAGGGAAGAUCAACACCCUUGGCGUGUGUUUAGGUAGUCCGCUCCUCGGUUUAAAACAGGCUGGGCUCCGUGUUCCAAUGUCUCGUAGCGAUUCUGAGCCUUUAGUGUUUCCUAGUGUAUAUCCCUUUGCUGCAUUUCUUAGUAGAGCCACGCUGCGGAACGUCAUCACGCUCAAGGUUCAGAAGUUUGGAGACCGCUGCGUAGGAAUGUGUGUGGAGCGAGAGAGCGGCAUCGUUGAGACUCUUGGAAUGUGGGAUCCUGUCCGUCUGGAUACUAUUUCUACCAUCUACAGCUAUCGUCAAGGUCCCCUCCAGCCUCUAACUUUCAUCUACUCAGCAGCGCCUGAACUUCUGAAACGAUACGUGGAGGACAUUGUAGUCUCAGCAUCACCAGAUCCUGCACCCGGCAGACCAAGAUUCACAUGGAGCAGUUUCGGUUCGCAACUGGCGUGGUGGUUUACGCCAAGAUACACUUUCCUUGAAGGUUGGCAGGGGGAGGAGAGCGAUAUUCUAGAGACUGUUGCACCGAAUAUCCCGUGUGUCUAUGGUCGGUAA